UUCCUCGUUGCGGUCUCGCCUUCCCUUUUUACUCUUCACUGUUCACAGAAGGCGCCUGCCGUUCAGUCUAUCAUGGAUUUCGCUCAGGGCAUUGUCACAACUCAGCUGAACGAGGAUAUCCUGAAGCCGGAGUUUCGCGAACAGCUGCAGUUUCUAAAGUUGCGAUCUACAUCUGAGGUGGAGAGAGAAAGAUGCGACAAACUCGCGGCAUCGCUCAUACUAACAGGACACUUAAAUAAGGAGAGGUUGAAGAGCGGGGACGCCUCAAAGAGGCCGAAAACGGCCAUGGCUUCACUCGGUGUUAAGAAGCAUUGGGAUCCAUAUGAAACUACAAACAACAGAGAGUUUAAUUACACACCAGACACGUUUACAGAAGCCAUUCGACCAAAAACUUCCAGAGCAUAUGCAUACCCCUAUGAAAGGAGUGACCCUAUAGGCAAUAAUUCAUAUAGUGAAGAGUUUUGCUGGAAACCAUUUUCAAAACCUGAGCCCAUUCGAAGUGGAUCCUCUUCAGGAAACCGAAGGAAUAAUCCUCAGUCAAGUCAGUCUUUUAUAGUGUGGAGGAUACCUCAUUCAGAACAGAAGAUAUCAGUGAAUAGCAAGUCUCCAUGGCGAAAAACAUACAGUGAAGAAGAACUGAGAAGGGCCUUGAAGGCACAGUAUCGAACAACUUAUGAAGAGGAUUAUAUGGGAAUACCUCAAGGUUUUCAAAUAAAACAUGCAAUUCCUGUACCAUCAAACUGGAAAAAAAGCAUCUUGCAGUGCCCUGAGACUGAGUUUAGACGACACUUCCAGCAACCUCAGCAAAAUUCAGAGCUUAUGGUCAAAACUACUCGCUAUGGCAGCAACAUGCAACAUCAAGUGGCAACAAGGGGAGCAGUCCCGACUGUAACAUAUGCUCAUAUCAAGAAUCAGGAGAACAAGAAACAGAUGACCACAUAUCAAAGAAUGUUUGGAAACAAUUAUUUGGACAUUUCAAAAGUUUUAAAAACUAUGCAGCCAACAGAUAUUGAUAUAUACCUACGUACUGUACCUGAAAAAGAUAGAGAUAUCCUCGAAAGAUUCCUGAAAACAUGUACUUUGAAAUUCAAAAACUCAACAAAUACAUUAAGUGAUUCUUCCAACAAACUUGCUGAUCCAGCAUGGUUGUCAGUCUGGCCAGGCCCUUUAUAAUUUCUAGUGUAUACUGGAUAUAGUAUAAUGGAACUCUUUUUAAACUGUAAACAAGAGUGCUUUAGAGUUUUUCUAAUUACUACUGCAAAUCUGCAGCAUUUUUCAUUAAUUUCUGAUUAAAUAGUGAUUAUCAGUGUUUCUACCUCAGAUUGCAAAAAUGCUGCCGUAGGAAAUUAACAACUUAAUUAUUAUUAAUUUAAAGCAACAGUAAUGUUAAAUUUGGUAAAACUGUUUAAUAAAUAAAAACUUUUAGACCCGUUAAUUUGCAAACCACAAAAUGUUUGUGCUUAUUUUCUUUUAUUACAGACUAUUAAAGAACAUGCUGCUUGGAAGCCAGGUUGGGUUAUACAUCACCCUUAGUGGCCAUCACUCAAUAAUGAUGGUUCAGUCAUUAGGUAUGAAGCACAUGCUUUAUAUAUUCUGUCUGUAUGGAAAAUUAGGCUUCUAGUUCACUCACUAGGAGCAUGAAAUACAAAUAAUGCCAUAACCAAAGAUGCACAAAAGAAGAAUCCAAUCUUCUUCACUAAGCACUUCAGUUACAGGGGCUCAGCCUCCUCUGUCAUUGUGUAGUGACUUGUCCACUUGCACAUCUUAACAUCUCAAACC